UGUGUUAAUUUCGUCCUUAAUUUCGUUUUCCAAAUGGCGCAAAUCAUUAUGGUGCCUUCAACGCAAAGACAAUAAAUGAAACGCUUGCAGCGUAAAACGUAAUGAAUAUAAUGAAUAUAGCAAUGAGUAUUUAAUAAAGUAUCAGUAUAUUCCACAAAUUGUGCUCAAUCGUCUUAAUUUACUUUUGUGUAUUUUUUAAAUGGCUGCAGAAAACCACUUCACGUUUUGACCCACCUGGUAGUAUGUUAAGUGCCUUGUUUUACACCAGCUUGAGAGUUUGGCAGUUCUCGCGAGUGACAGUGGUCGCAAAUUGCAUUUGCGACCCGGACAUGUUUGACGCUGUCAAAUCCUAUGUGCUAGUAUACGGAUGCCCUCAGGCUGUCAAAAACCAUGUUAGGUGAUUUUUUCGAGGUUAUUUUUUUGUUUUGAAACGAUUCUUGAAAAGUGGGUCGAAAUCUUGUCAAAAACAUUUACUAUCGUUGUUUGUUGUUGAAAUAAUUGGUCCGAAUCGGAAAGCCAUUGAACAUGGUACAAUAAUUCAGCACUUAUUCACGAAGGAUGAGGACACCGUUCACCGGGAGGCGUUGUGGAAAACAAUAGCGCAUCAUAUUGAAGCUGUGCCGGUUGAACUAAGGAAAGCCUUGGAGGAAAGAAAAUUCGAUCGGCUCAUAAUUCUGGGAAAUCUGGAUGAGUAUGCCAUCGGAAGUCUCCCAUUGGAAGUAGGUCCGAAGAUUUUCCUUGGCUACAUGGUAAAACGCAUCCGAGAAUUAACCAUCCCGUUUUUGAAUGCGGAUUUAAACAGUCGCGUUGGUUCCCAUCGUUCGAUGGAUAUAACACCGAACCAGAAAACCAUGAAGAAGCGAAAGCAUACGCCCACUACUUCUGCGGGAAGCUCGAUGCUCGGCUCGAUGGAAAGUGAAGCCGAUUUUAACGCCAGCGUGUAUCAGAACCGGAUUGCAGUUCUCGUCGCAAAUUUCUUGAACACAAAAUCGCUGCCAGGUCAGGUGAAACCCGGAGAUGUUCAAGUAAUUGUGUCCAAAAAUGAAGCAGAGCCUCCGGUAGCAAAAGUCGUUUGCGUCAGCUGUAAAUUGCCGUGCAAUGUUGCCUUGACCGAAGCACGACCUGGCGUGUUCCACCCAACACUAUCUAAUUUCUUCAAACACUACACCAAGUCACAUCCAAAGUAUACUCUUCCGGUCAUGAACAAGGACAUCCGGACAGCUUUUACUCGAACCAAGAAGGAAAAUGUAAGAAAUCAGGAUCAGCAGACAACAGUAACUGAAAGCAGUGCAUCUCACUAUGACCUCUUGGAGUCAGACGUUCCCGGCGAAGGCGUUUUGGAGGUAGACGUUCCCGGCGAAGGCGUUUUGGAGGAGUAUCUAGCCGAGUAAAUCGAACCAGGAAACGAAGCAGUCACUAUCGAGAUUCUGGAUGCUAGCAAAGCUGUCGUUGACUCACAGUUAAAAGUCGCAAGUCGGUCUCGAUCAGAGAAUCGGAAUUGGAUGCUCGUUCGUGAAAUCGAUUCUAAUCAGCCAUUAAUCACAAGCUAUUUUGAGUGCACUCAACGAAUCGUUAAUAUAGCUGAACAACUUCAAACC